AUGUACCUGGCUCAGAAACAUGUCCUUUUCGCUGCUCUCACGGCUUUCAUUGCCUGGGGUCUCGCCGUCCGGAGUCUGCCUGUCCUGCGCUACCUGGGUUAUGCCUUCACACUCGGCUGCGUUACGACGUUGUUCUCGGUGAUCGCUAGUGUCGCAUUUACAUCCCGGGCACGGUCAAGAUUCCAGGAUUUGCAUAACCUUCCUUCGAAGCCCCCAGCCCUAUUGAGACCAGAUCAAUGGGGCUCCGAGCUUGCUGCCUUCGAUGCCUCCCGUCAAUACCAGCCUGUCCACAUCUACGACAAGUCUUUUGUCGUCUCCCAGGCACUUGAUGGUUUGGUCGGCUUGGCACUGAGAGAUUUUGUGUCGUCAUGGUACGUGAGCAUCACAAAAAGCCCCGUGUUUUUGAACGAGGUGGACCGAAAUAUCAGAGCCGCCUUGGUAGAGAUUCGAGAUCGUAUGGUCAAUGAAGACAUGGUCAAUGUCAUUGUCUCGAGGGUAAUCCCCAUCGUUACCGCGCAUUUGCGAGACUUUGAUCAAGCGGAGCGCGCAGUACGGGGACGUAGCCUGAAUCGCAAUGUCACCGAGUCCGAGGAACUUGAAUUGGCUAUUGCAGCUAAAUACAAAGACGGGAAGCUACAUCCUGCAGCCUCUCUCGCAUAUUCUGACACCAAGCCCAUCCAGCAAGACCACUUGCGGAAAAUGGUGGUUCGAAUUCUACCAAAUCUUCUUCCUCCAACUAUGAUGGGCAGCCGGGCCACACUAGUUCUGGUGAAAGAGAUUGUCGCAUGUACUGUCUUAUUCCCUGUUCUGCAACUUCUGUCAGAGCCCGACACAUGGAAUCAAGUUGUUGAAGCUUACGGUCGCACCACGCUCCAGGAUCGAAAAAACGUACGUCGAAUGAGGGCUGCCCUUGAUCAACAUACUUCGCCGAUGCCUACCACGAAAGACAGCCAGGAAUUACCCCGGCUGGGCCCAAAUGACAGCGAAAGAGCUUUUGAGCGCUUUGUCAGAGCGAUUCGCAGGACCAAAAACCUGUCUGACGCCCGGAGGUUUCGUAAUGUGAUUGCAAGCCAGAUACAGCGCGAGGGGAUGGUGGAAGGUCAGGACCCUGUCUAUCUACGCAGGCUAGAAAUGGCAAAGAGGGUUCUCGAUCAAAAGAUUACAAAAUUGAGCCAGGCGACAAUUGUUCCCAAGGUCAUGACUUCACAGCCUGCACCCCAGCCGAACACAGGUGCCAAACCCCGAGAGUGGGCUAUGGUGGAGAUUAUGCAUACUGCUUCCGGCCUGUCCUAUUUCAUGGAAUACAUGGAUCGUCAGCAUAAAAUGGCUCUGGUGCAGUUCUGGGUUGUUGUGGACGGAUUUCGCAAUCCACUGGAGGACGACUUUGGUGAUGAAAUGAACCCGGCACCCCAGCAGACAUGGACGGACGCCGAUCGAAUGGACAUUGCGCAAAUAAGUGAGACAUAUAUGUCUAAGCCCGAGUUGAAUAUUCCCCAAGAGUCAAGGGACGCUAUCAGAUCUUUCUUGAUUGCCGGUCGAAAGGCAACGCCACAACAAUAUCGAGCCGCGAGGACCGCCAUACUUUCGGCGCAGUCUGCAGUCUUGGAGGACCUCGAAAUGAAUCAUUUACCCAACUUUCGGAAAUCCGACUUAUACUACAAAUUCCUUGCUUCAGCUGAAGCAUCCGCAAUGCGACCCGGCCUCCAAACCAGUUCAGAUGAUACAGAGCCUAAUGGCAUCACUUCACCAACAACGACCACGACCAGAAAGUCACUGUCGAUGAGUAGAACCAACUCCCAGCCUGGUUUCCGGCCCAAGGAUUUGCGGAGAGCAGCAGUAUCCUCGUCGGACGUUCGUAGUCUUGGAACCUCGAAACUUUUCGAUGAUGCUGAAGUUGUGAAGCGCUCAGGGUCUUCAGCUCCUCUCUUCGAUGACGGUUAUGACACGGAUCCUCUGGCGUAUUCGACCCAAAGUCUCGGUCAAGAAUCUUUGAAUGGGGAAUCGGCCGAUCAACGACGAGUCAUAGAGAACAUGGAGGCGGCCAUGAACAACAUCAUGACUGAUAGCCCAAUGGAGGACCAAAAUACCUAUGACGACGAUGCGUUGUUCGGAUCUCCGGUGUCCGGAUCAAAGUCCAUCAGAACAAUAGAUUCACCCAGAGGCUCUGUCGAUAUUCAGACCAGCGACUAUACAAGCAAGUCAAAACCUAGUCUAGCAACUCUAGGGCUAGUCAAUACCGCUUCACGAAUUGGAGUUUUCUCGGACAAUGACCUGUUCCCUGAUGAAGAAAAGUUCAUCGAGGACGAGUACGCCGAUAACGAUGACGGCAAAGAUGAGGAUGUCACCGAAGAUGAGAUCCAUGAAGCUGCUCCGGGGGACCUUGGACUUGCUGAAGCUAUCACCGUAUUGAACAACGACAUUGAGCGCCUUGUGUCCCAGGAAGGGGUGGUCGAUGCAUUGACUCGCAAAGCCGAAUUGACCAAUAAUGUGGCUGAGUUACGCAUUCUUGGCAAAUCGAAAGCAAGCUUACAACGAGAGAUUCGACGGAAAGAAUUACAGCGCCAGCAGUAUAUCGUCCAGGAAAGUGACAACAGUUUGUACGGCCGAUCAAAAAUCUCCAUCAAGUCCGUUGUUGUUGGAAAGGAAGAUGACGGUCGCGAAUUCGCACUGUACGUCAUUGAGGUUCAUCGCCAGGCUGGAGAUCAGAUGCCGGCCGCAGCUUGGGCAAUACCUCGUCGUUAUUCCGAGUUUCACGAUCUCCACCAAAAGUUACGCCGAAGAUAUCCUUCGACAAGAAACCUCGAAUUUCCCAGGAGAAGAAUGGUCAUGAAACUUCAAAAACAAUUCCUCCAGAACCGUCGGCUAGCGUUGGAGCACUACCUACAACAGCUGCUUCAGAUGCCUGAUGUAUGCCGGAGCCGAGAGCUCAGAUCCUUCCUGUCUCAACAGAGUAUCUCGUCCCAUGAGGAGACGAAUUCUGCAUCUAACGCACAGGACAUAGUCAGUCGGAUCUAUAAUUCCGUAACCGACGGCAUGGACGAAUUUCUUGGCAAUGUCUCGGUUCUCGAUCAGCUAUCUGUGGCUGGACAAAAUCUGAUUUCUGCUGCCACCAAUCAAUUGGGAAUGAGCCAAGGGGAUAUUGUUCCUCUGGACCCAGGGCCAGUGGCGGAAGCUGAAGCAGAAUUGCAAGCGUUCGAGGACAAGGAGCUCGAACCCUUUGUAAAGCCAAUCUGUGAUAUCUUUUUGGAGACCUUCGAGCUCAACCGAGGAAACAAUUGGCUUCGGGGUCGAGCAGUGAUUGUUGUUCUCCAUCAAUUACUGGGUGGGACUAUCGAGCGCAAGAUACGUGAGCUCGUGAGAGGUUUCACCACCGAAGAAUCGCUUCUGCGGUAUAUCGAUAUGAUUAAAGAGUCGAUGUGGCCUGGCGGGGGAGCUAUGAGGGCAUCUAAACCCCGUACGCCCAUCGAGAAGACUAAAACUCGAACAGAAGCAACUAUGAUGCUCGCGACUCUUGUGCCCGACCUGGUUGGCAGCGUAGUGGGAAGAGCAAAUGCACAAGCUGCGGCGAGAAGAAUUGCUGCAACUAUGAACAACACUCGGCUGAACCAGCAUUUGAUUUUUACCAUACUGGACGAGAUUGUCGGAGUGUUGUUUGAUCCAUCCAAGAAAGCCUGA